GAAGAAGAAGAAGAAGAAGGUUACGUGACGGUGUGGACGGACAUGCUAGGAGAGUGUAUUUCACGUCACGUAUGAACGUUAGUCGAGUAUACUGAACCAUGAAAAAACACUGGUGACUGAGUGAAGAGGUAAUCAGAAGACUGCAUGUAUCUGGUUGUUACGGUGUCUAUUAUCAGUUGAAAAUGUAUACGGCCAGGAAUCUCGUGCAGCCUUUAUGGCAGACGGCGCGGAUCUCCAUGAGGAAUUGUUCAUCAAAAACUCCAGCGGUAACAGCAAGGAAGAGAAGUGUCCUAGGCACCGUGGGGAGGGGCCUGGCGGGCCUGGUGGUGGCCGUGCCGGCGGUGGGCGGGGUCUACUACGUUGCGAGUGACGACCUCACCAAGCGGCAGAUAAGGGUUACAGUGCAGGGUGUUAACAGGUUCAUCAGAACAUUAUGGAUUGGAAUGAUGAUCUCUGUGGACUACAAGUGGACAACAUAUGGCCUGGAUGAAGAGAGUGAUGCAUAUGACGAGGCUUUGUCUGUGGUUCAUUUGCGUUCUGCCGGGCGCAUUUUAGAUGGCUGCUUGAAGAAUGGAGGUCUCUAUGUGAAGCUUGGCCAAGGAUUGGUAUCAAUGAACCACAUAUUACCAAAGGAAUAUUUGGAAACACUCAAAGCCCUACAGGACAGAUGCCUCAAUCGAGACUGGAAUGAGAUUGGCACUCUGUUUCAGGAGGAUUUUGGCCAUUCACACAAAGAGUUGUUUGCUGAGUUUGAUAAUGAGCCUAUAGCAGCUGCUUCCCUUGCUCAGGUUUUUAGAGGAAAGACUCAUGCAGGGGAGGAAGUGGCAAUAAAGGUGCAGUACAUCGACCUUCAAGAUAGAUUCUGGGGGGAUAUUGCAACAAUAGAACUUUUGCUGGAGAUCAUACAGUUCAUGCACCCCAAGUUUGCUCUCAAAUGGGUUAUGAAGGAUUUGAAAGGAACUUUGCAGCAGGAACUUGACUUCUUAAACGAGGGUGUCAACAGCGAGCGUUGUGCCAGAGAUUUGGCUAACUUACCAUAUGUUUAUGUCCCACGAGUGCACUGGGACCUAUGUAGCAAGAGAGUUUUGACAGCAGAGUACAUCCAUGGGUACAAGGUGAGCGAUGUGGAUGGCAUCAAGAAGGCUGGUCUGGACCUUAAAGAUGUGGACGGGAAGUUGGUUAAUGCUUUCGCUGAGCAGAUUUUCCACACAGGCUUUGUACAUGCUGAUCCACAUCCUGGCAACAUCUUGAUUCGGAAGCAAUCCAAUGGUGAAGCAGAGGUGGUGAUUCUGGACCAUGGACUCUACCAACCCCUGCCUACUUCAGUUCGUCAGCCACUGUGCAGGCUGUGGAAAGCCAUUGUCAUAGGAGACCAUAAGCAAAUGAAAGACAACUCUGCACAGCUGGGAGUGACAGCCUCAAACUACAGGCUGUUUUCCAUAUCUCUUAUACAACGCUACAUCUCACCAGAGGAGGGUAUAAUCCAGGAUGUCUUUGACAUGUUUUAUGAUGAGAAAGGGCCAAAGUUCAUGACAAGGGCACAGUUUGAUAAGCUGCCUGAGGAUGAGAAGAGAGAGCUGAGGAAAGAAAUUUUGGAUGUCCAUGAUCGUGUUUUAGAUGUCUUCAAGGGUAUACCCAGCAAUCUUCUUCUAAUAUUUAGAAAUGUGAAUACCAUUAGGUCCAUUACCAAGGAGCAUGGUGACGUUGUGGACCGCUACAAGCUGAUGGCACGUUCUGCUACUCGUGGUGCCUUCGUAUCUCCCAAUGCUUCCUUCUCACAGAUGCUGCGGGGACGCUGGGAGCAACUUUAUUUUGACUACUCCCUUAAGAAAGAAGCUGUGAGGAUGUGGGUGAUGAAGAAAGUGCUAUAUGUACUGUAUCUUUUGGGCCGCAUCCCAGAUUUAGCUCAGGUGGAGGCGGCCUUAUGAGACUUAAGUGCAGUGUCAGCGCAUUGCUCAGAAGCAUGAAGAGUACCACCAAGAUGUUACUUCAGAAAGUUAUAGAAGGUACAUUAUUUUCAUAUUAAGCAUUAUGUUGCCGUGGUAUUCAUCAAUAUAACUAUGUAGGUCAUACCAAAUGAUUUAUUGAUAUAUUAAUUAUACAAAUUUUGUUAAAAAAUCAAGAUCUGUAAAUUAUUAACUAUAGAAAUUCUAUUGAUUUUGCAUCGUGCAAGGUUUUGUAAACUCAGGACCUUCUGCCUAAUGUAUGUAGAAUAAUCUAAAUAUUCUAUAUUGUUAUUUACUUGUACAUUUUGUCCUGUGAUUUUGUAAUUUUCUUGAAUGAAAACCAUGUAAGAAUUUCA